AUCUAAAAUUUAAAGAAUUUUAUUAUGGUAAAUUUCUUUCCGUUUGUCUUUGGGAGCAGAAGAAAACGAUAAUAGUAAGUGCAUUAAUUUCAGGCGGAGAGGGAGGGAGGCAGAGACUUGGGAAUCAACCUUUCGCCGCCGGCGCUAUUCGCCGGAAUAUUUUCGAAUCGCUCUCCGUUUUAGUGUUUCAGAUCACCACUCUACUGCAGCACUAGCGGAGCUCUUCGAUCGCCGAUCUAUUCUCUCUUCGUUUUCAUCCGAUUCGCGGGAGAGCGUGAACCGGUUGGCGCGAUGGGACAAGCUUUCCGCAAGCUCUUCGAUACCUUCUUCGGCAACAGCGAGAUGAGGGUUGUAAUGCUAGGGCUUGAUGCAGCUGGCAAAACUACUAUACUCUAUAAACUUCACAUAGGAGAAGUUCUAUCAACAGUUCCUACCAUUGGUUUCAAUGUGGAAAAGGUGCAGUAUAAGAAUGUGAUGUUCACUGUCUGGGAUGUUGGUGGACAGGAGAAACUAAGGCCACUCUGGAGGCAUUACUUCAACAAUACAGAUGGGCUGGCCAUCAUUAAAGAUCCUUUUAUGCUUAAUGCAGUCAUCUUAGUUUUUGCCAACAAACAGGACAUGAAAGGGGCGAUGACGCCGUUGGAAGUAUGUCAAGGGAUGGGCCUGUAUGACCUUAGGAACAGGAAAUGGCAUAUACAGGGGACAUGUGCCCUACGAGGAGAUGGACUUUACGAGGGUCUUGACUGGUUGUCAAGCACGCUGAAGGAACACAAGGCUGCUGGGUUCUCCUCAGUAGGAGGCACUUCAACCUUUUGAUUGAUCCAGCUUGGAUCAUUAGAAGGCUUCAACGAUCACAAAAGGAGAGGACCUUUUGGAGUCUUUUUUAAUGACAAUGGGGAUGCUACAAAUAUAAAUCAUCGAAUACUUGAUGCUACUAACAUUCUAUGAUUAUGAAUGAUGAGAUGAGAUGUUUAACUGUGUGUGCUGUGUGUGUAUUGGAAAAUGGGCCUUUUGAUUGGAACUCUGUGCGAUUUGUUAAGAAACGCCACUUCAAGAUGUAAAUACUCCGUCUAUUUUUAGUAGAAUAAACAGCAUUUAAAAUU